AGACUCACAAGAAACUGAAUAAAUCAGUCCGUCCAAUGAAAAUCUAUAAUGCAAAUAAGUCACCCGGAUUUCUACUGACACUCCUUAGUUAUCUAGAAACACUUAUAACCAGCAAACAAAUGCAUGGCGCUAUCUAGAUUAAAUAUGAAGAGGCGUUGAUGUGGCUUAGUGGUUGAAACGUUCACUUUGGAACCACAUGAGGCUGGAGUUCAGUCCCACUGCAUAGCAUUUCAGGAGAAAAUUGCCAAGAAAAUUAAUACUACUAUUGAAUUAGUGAAAGCAAAGAUUAAGAAAACUUCACCGAAAGAAGUCACUGCCAUUUGUAAAAAUUUAGCACCUGUAUCUGCUGCACAUAUUUCUAAAAAGCUUUAUCCAUCUAUCACCAAACUAAGACUGUCGCCAGAAACAAAAGACAAUGUUUACAAAGAUAUUGAGGAUAUUGCUCUGGAAGGAAAGUCUCGAUUCUUCUCUUCUGCUUAUGCCUCUGUUAACCUUGAUAUAGAGUGUGAACCAUUAACACCUGGAAAUAAAUCUAAAGAAUUAGAUGAAAUGGAGAAGAAAUCCAAGAUGCAUGAUAAACUUCCAAGAGGCUCUAACAAAGAAUUUUAUGGUAUUCCUCCACCAGUUCCUGAGAGAAAUCAAGAAUAUGACAUGCAAUUCCUUGGCAACAGUUUAGAUGAUGAUGGUUAUGAAAAUUACCACAGAACAAGUACUCUAAAGGUGAGUAAUAGACUGUCUGUAAAUUCAGGCAUGACUUCUGCUCAAAGUAGUAAGAAUAAUGAACUGACUGGAGGGGUUAAUGCCUACAGUAAAAUGGUUACCCAAAACAAUGGAGAUGAGAUUGACAAAGAUAAUGCUAAUGAUCAAAGGAAGAGUGAUGGUAAGGCUGUAGAUUUAGGAGGAAGUACUCUGUACAAUGAUAUUGCAAAUCAUAAGGCAUCAACAAAGAACAUUAUCGCUGACUGUUCUUUUGAAGAUGAAAAUAGAACUUAUGACGACAUUAGAGAAAACUUUUCAUGGUUAUCAACAGCCUCAUCAGAACAAAUAUCAGCACCAAACCCGAAACAAUCAUCAACAACAGCGCUUCAACAAAACUCAAAGCCAACACAACUAAUUAAGUCAAUAUCCUCGUCAACUUCAGUACACCGAAAUAACUCAACUCCACUACUAGUAAAAAUGUCCUCUAAACCAAUAAAAAAAUGCAGUUCAAUAACAGAUAAAAAUCAAGGUCCAAUGACAUUACCACAAAACGAUUCCUCUCUCACAUCCCAAAAUCGGAGACCAUCACUCCCAGCAGCCAAUCGACCACCAAUGCCAAUCCCUCAGCCACAAUCCUCGUCAGCAACACUAUCACGAUCAGGAUCAUUGUCAAAAUUGUCAUCGUCAACAAAAACAGCAACAGCAGAACAAAUAAAUUCUCCCAAGUUAUUAUCCCCAACAAAAUUGAUGAUAGCCAAUCGACCACCACUGCCAAUACCACAAUCAACAACCCCGACAACAUCACCAGCAUCACCAACAACAAAAACAGAAACAGCACCUCAACACAAGCCUAAAGGAUCUCCAAAAAACAGUAUCAUUCACGCAUCUGUUAAGGAACUGUGCAUGCAACUGGAAAGUUGUGGUUUACAUAGAGUAAAAGACAUCUGCCAGGAAAAUUGUCUUGAUGGCUAUUUUGUUACAAAAUUACCUGAGAGUUCUUUACAAGAAGCACCAUUUAACUUAUCAUCUAUAGAAAUGAUGAAGUUAAAAAUGAUGUUGGAAGGAUGGAGACCAAAACUGGAAUAAUGGAAUAAUUGAGGUACUGAAUGAUAAGAUAAUGGAAGGAUCAAAUAAUUGAAGAAUCGGUGAAUGGAAUGAUAGAAGGAUUAAUGAUUUGAAUAAUGGAAGAUUGAAAAAAUUAAAUAAUGGCAAAAAAAAUUGGACAAUUGAAUAAUGAAAUAAGAAAAUAAUUAAAUAUGAAAGUAUUUGAGUACUGAAUAUUAGAAAAGAAAUUACAAUAUUCAUAAUUAUAAUUUGAAUAACAGGAUUACUAAACAUUUCAUAUUCUCUCCAAACACAUAGCAAUAUAUUCAUCUUAAUAUAUCUUUUGAUAUAUGUGUGUGCGUGUGUGUGUGUGUGUGUGUGUGUGUGUGUGUGUGUGUGUGCAUGUGUGCAUGUAUGUAUUUGAAAAAAUGAAUAGAAAUGGCUUUUCUGAUAAUUUUUCCAUUUUAAAAAUUAGAUACUACACACACACACACACACACACAGUUGGACUUUAGGAUUAGCUUCUCUUUCAAAGUCCCUUACCUCAUGGGAAAAGCAAAAAUGCAAUUGUGGUGUAAAAAAUUCUCAAAAUUUUAAUUGCGUGUGUGUGUGUGUGUACAUAAUAUAAUAUAAUACAAUAUAGUAUAUUAUAUAAUCUAACAUAAUAUAAUAUGGUAUAUUAAGCAUGCUGGGCAAAAUACUUAGUGGCAUUUUGCCCAUCUUUAUGUUCUGAGUUCAAAUUCCACCAAAGUCAACUUUGCCUUUUAUUCUUUCUGAGUCAAUAAAAUAAAUACCAGUUCAGCACAAGGGUCAAUAUAAUUAACUUAACUCUUCCCCUGAAAUUGCUGGCUUUUCGCCAAAAUUUGAAACCAGCAUAAUGUAAUAUAAAGAUAAUAUAAUGCAUGACACUACUCCAGUAUGGUCACAGACCAUAGAACAAGAACCAAAGAAAAAGUUAAAGUUAUCUGUGUUAGAAUAUCUUUGUAUCUUUGUAUAUAGUAUCAUGUUCAUUAUGAGAACUAUUACCUCCAUGUUUACAAGUUUCUGUCUCCUAGUAAGACUGUUUUCACUCCAGUUUAGAAACCUCUCAUCUAAGCAUAUAUUUAGCCUCACCAUCUAUAGAGAAAAGCUGUAUUAAGAGAUACUUUAAGCAACACUAAGCACAAUACAAAACAAAAGAAGCUAUUUAUUUCCAUAUUUUUACUGUUCCAUUCACAGAUUGUGCCUGUGAAGUACUUCUCAGCAGGUCUCUUUCUUAUCUUCUUCACGUUGUUACAUACACAUUUACAGACAUAAUUAAAUCACAAAUAAUUAUUGGUAUAGAUGUAAAUUUAUAAUCAAAGUAGUGGUACUGCAUGCUUUGAAGCUGUUGUCCAUAAACAAUCUCCUUCUUGCUCAUUUCGGAAGAGUUGUUCACUUAUGCAGAGCUACUAACAUUUAUAACACUACAUAACUUGUCUUUUUUUUUUUAGUCUCAAAUAGCAAUUUCAGGUCCAUUAUGCUUGCACUCAAUAGAAGUUGUGCCUGGAACUUUACAUCAAUAUUCCGUGUUGGUAUAUAUCUUUUGUCUUGUUUCAGUCAUUAGACUGUGGCCAUGCUGGUGUACCACCUUGAAGAAUUUUAGUUGAAUGAAAUCAACCACAGUACUUAUUUAUUUUAAUCCUGCUACUUAUUCUAUCAGUCUCUUUUGCUGAACUGCUAAGAUACAGGGACAUAAACUCACUAACACUGGUUGUCAAGCAACGAUGCAGGACAAACAGACACAAACACACACACACACACUUUCUCUCUCUCUCUCUCUCUCUCACACACACAUGUAACAGGCUUCUUUCAGUUUUCAUCAUAAUAGCAGAUGACUUGCUUCAGGUGCCAUGCAGUAAGACUGAUCCUGGAACCAUGUCAUCAGGAAGUAAACUUCUUAUCACACAGCCAUGCCUGCACCUGUCAUCAUCAUCAUCAUCAUCGUCGUUUAACGUCCACUUUCCAUGCUAGCAUGGGUUGGACGAUUUGACUGAGGACUGGCAAGCCAGAAAGCUGCACCAGGCUCCAAUCUGAUCUGGCAAGGUUUCUACAGCUGGAUGCCCUUCCUAAUGCCAACCAGUCCGAGAGUGUAGUGGGUACUUUUACGUGCCACCAGCACAAGAGCCAGUCACACGGUACUGGCAACGGCCUCGCUCAAAAGGUGUUUUUUUAUGUGCCACCUGCACGGGAGCCAGUCCAGUGGAACUGGCAACGAUCUCGCUCGAAUGAUUUUCUAACGUGCCACCGGCACAAGUGCUAGAAGGCAACACUGGUAACGAUUAUGUUCAAAUGGUGCUAUUUACAAGCCACUAGCAUGGAAGCCAGACAGCUGCCCUGGCAAUGAACACACUUGGACAGUGCUGUUAGUGCUCCAGUGGCACAGGCGCCAGUCAUCGAAUAUGGUUCAAUUUCAAUUUCGAUUUCACUUGCCCCAACAGGUCUUCGCAAGGAGAGUUUAGUGUCCAAUGAAGGAGAGGUUUCUAAUAUUCAGUACUCAAAUACUUUCAUAUUUAAUUAUUUUCUUAUUUCAUAUCUGAGUUUAUUUUCUGUUUUUGUUUUGUUUUGUUUUUUUGUAUGUAUAUCUAUACUAUAUAAUGGAACCAAAUGCAAUUAAGCUUUGACAUAUUUCUAUGUAAGUUUUUCUGUGAGUAAUAUUCCAGUUCAAUCAACAAAAAAUAGACACUAAAAUCUUAAUAAUCCCAACAUUAAUAUAUUUUCAUAAAGAGUCUAUCUUUUACAGUAUAUCUUCAAUAAUUCAGUACAGCUAUCAGCCAUUCUCAAUUAAAUUUAACAAGUGAUUUUCAUUUACUUUGUGAUCCUAAUUUCAUCUAUUAAGUUUUUCUUCAUAAUUUCAUCUAUUAAGCUUUUUUUUCUGUGACUUCCAGUCAACAUUAAAAUAUUGCAUGCAUAUUUUCAUG